AUGGAUAAACAACAACAACAACAACCAUCAUAUCAAAACCCAGAUUAUAUGGUAUAUAGAGAUCCAGCAACAGAAUGUGAAGAUUACAGAGGCGAUCAAAGUGAACUUUUAGUUGCAAUCGCAAUCUUUAUAGUUGGAUUUAUUUUUUGGCCAGUAUGGGCAAUCAGUUUUUGUUUCGUCAGAUCUACCCAUCUUGGAGCAAAAAUUUUGGGUAUCAUUUCUAUAGUCUUGUUUUUUCUAACUCCAAUAUUGGUUGUUAUUGUCGUCAUCCUCUUUUAUCACAAACCUCACAAUAUGGAUAAUGGUGGAGGAAGAAGAGAAUUACCAUAA